AUGGCUCCUCCAGUCUGGACUCUGGUGCUGCUGCUGGGGGCUGCCUUACCAAGGAAAGAGAAGCCUCCAGACUGGAAGCCCCUCACUCGCAGCUCACGGGAAAACUCCAUUCUCACCCACUGUGAUUUUGAGGAUGACUCCAGACCCCUCUGUGAUUGGAGCCAAGCGACUAAAGACGAUGGAGAUUGGACUCGAGAAAGCCAGCCCUCCCCCGCCAGCGGCACUGGGCCCCCCGGGGGGUACCCCAGUGGAGAGGGCUACUACCUGCACAUGGACUCCAGCGCCUUCCACCCGGGUGGGGUGGCCCGCCUGCGAAGCCCCCCGAUAUGGGAGCAGGGCCCCCUCUGCAUGCGCUUCGCCUACUACAUGUUUGGGCUGUCGUGGGGCGCCCAACUCAAGCUGUGGCUGGUCUCAGACGCCAAGGGCAAGCACCCCAACCUGCUGUGGAAACACGUGAACACGCAAAGCCCCUCCUGGAUCCCCACCGCCGUCACGGUGCCUCUGGGCCUCGUCCUGCCCAGCCGGCUGAUAUUUGAAGGCACGUGGGGCAGCACGACUUAUCUGGACAUCGCUCUGGACGCUAUCUCUAUCCGUCGGGGCUCCUGCAAUCGGGUCUGCAUGAUGCAGACGUGCAACUUUGAUACUCUGAAAGAUCUCUGUGGCUGGAGCUGGAUCUCGACGCCCUCUGGGGCCAAGUGGGUCCAGAAGAAGGGGCCGACGGGGGUGCAGAACGUGGGGCCCGAGGGAGACUUCUCUAGCCCUGGGGAUGGCUAUUACAUGCUCCUGGACCCCAAGAAUGCAAAAGCGAGUCAGAAAUCUGUCCUCCUGAGCCCCCUGAUCCAGUCCUCCGGCUGCCUGAGUCUGUCCUUUCACUACGUCCUCCGUGGCCGGUCUCCCGGUGCAGGCUUCAUCGCCUACGCAUCUGUCUUGGGCAGCAUCCGGAAACACACCAUCUUCUCAGGACAACCUGGACCCAACUGGCAGCCUGUCUCUGUCAAUUACACAGGCCAGGGACAGAUUCAGUUCACCCUGGUGGGCGUGUUUGCAAAGAUCCCAGAGCCAGCGGUGGCCGUGGAUGCAAUCAGCAUUGCUCCCUGUGGGGAGAGCUUUCCUCAGUGUGACUUUGAAGACAAGGACCACCCCUUCUGUGACUGGGUCCAGGUAUUACAGGAUGGCGGACACUGGACCCAGGGAAGUGCAAAUACGCUCAUCCACGGUACAGGUCCCUUCGGAAUCUCCCUCAGUGGAGAAAGUCACUUCGUCUACCUUGAGGCUGACAAGUUCUCCCAGGAAGGCCAGUCUUACAAACUGGUGAGCCGGCCCUUCUGUGCCCCGGGUGCCAUCUGUGUGGCGUUCACCUACCACAUGGAUGGCCGCGGAAAGGGCACAAAGCUCAGGCUUCAGCUGGGGAGCCCUGCGGGCAGCCCCCCAAGUUCUCUCUGGGAACGAGUUGGGUCUCAGGGCCCUGACUGGCUGAACGAGUCCACGACCAUCCCUUCGGGACAUCAACAGCCUAUGCAGCUGAUGUUUGAGGUCGAGAGGGGCUCCCACGCUGCCUUCGUCGUUGCUUUGGGUUUCAUCUUCAUCAGUCAGGGGACCUGUCGAGGUAAGACAGGACCUCAGGCCCCGGAAAGGGGGCCGUGCUCUGGGAUGAGCAGAUCUGCAUCUACAGCACUUCUUCCCAAACCUCUAGGUCCCCCUACUGGCCCUUCUGAAACCCCUGCCCACACAGAAAAACCUGUGACCCCUGAAGAAACACCCACCACCUCUAGUGAAAUAUCCCCUGUCCACACAGAAAAACCUGUAACCCCUGAAGAAACAUCCACCACCUCCAGUGAAAUAUCCCCUGUCCACACAGAAAAACCUGUGACCCCUGAAGAAACAUCCACCACCUCCAGUGAAAUAUUCCCUGUCCACACAGAAAAACCUGUGGCCGCCACAGAAAAACCAACUGUCCCCAGUGAAACACCUCCUGUCCCCACAGAAAAGCCUGUGGUUCCCGCAGAAAAGCCCACUGUUCCCACAGAAAGACCUACAGUUCCCACAGAAAAGCCCACCAUCCUCCCUGAAGAACCCACCUUCCUUCCUGAAUGGCCCUUUGUCCCUCCUGAAGGGCCCACCAUCCCCACAGAAAAGCCCACUGUCCCCACUGAAAAGACCACCACUCCCACUAAGAAGACCACCAUUCCCACAGAAAAACCCACCAUCCUCACUGAAGAACCCACCUUCCUACCUGAAUGGCCCUUUUCCCCUAGUGAAUGGCCCCCUGUCCCUACAGAAAAACCCACAAUCCCUGCUGAAAAGACCACCAUCCCCACUGAAAAAACAACCAUUCCCACAGAAAAAACCAUGGUCCCCACAGAAAAGACCACCAUUCCCACAGAAAAAACCACUGUCCCCACCAAAAAGACCACCAUUCCCACUGAAAAAACAACCAUCUCCACAGAAAAAACCACUGUCCCCACUGAAAAGACCACCAUUCCCACAGAAAAAACCACUGUCCCCACUGAAAAGACCACCUUUCCCACAGAAAAAACCACUGUCUCUACCAAAAAGACCACCAUUCCCACUGAGAAGACCGCCAUUCCCACUGAAAAAACAACCAUCUCCAUAGAAAAAACCACUGUCCCCACUGAAAAGACCACCAUUCUCACCAAAAAGACCACCAUUCCCACUGAAAAAACAACCAUCUCCACAGAAAAAACCACUAUCCCCACUGAAAAGACCACCAUCCCCACAGAGAAAACCACUGUCCCCACUGAAAAGACCACCAUUCCCACAGAAAAAACCACUGUCCCCACCAAAAAGACCACCAUUCCCACCAAAAAGACCACCAUUCCCACAGAAAAAACCACUGUCCCCACCAAAAAGACCACCAUUCCCACUAAAAAGACCACCAUCCCCACAGGAAAACCCGCUGUCCCCACUGAAAGGCCCACAACUCCCAUGACACCCCAGCCCAGCCCAGCUCUUGUACCCACUCAGCCGACAGUCUUCACGAUGCCAAGUACCUCCAUGACCCCUGUGACCCCGGCCACCACUACAACCCCGAGACCUACUCCUGCCAUGUGCCCCCCGAAUGCCCACUACGAACGCUGUGCCUGCCCAGCGUCCUGCCAGAGUCCCAAGCCCACCUGUGGUCUCCUUUGCAAGCCUGGCUGUGUCUGCAAUUCAGGCUUUCUGUUCAACGACUCCCGCUGCAUUAAUGCCUCUUCCUGCAAUUGCUUCUACAAUGAAAAUUACUACAAGUCAGGGACGGAGUGGUUCAGCCCCAACUGCACAGAACAUUGCCGCUGCCAGCCUGGCAGUCAGAUAGAGUGCCAGCCCUACACGUGCGGGACACACACCGUGUGUCAACUGAAGCAUGGCCAGUACGGAUGCCACCCCUACGGCACUGCCACCUGCUUCGUCUAUGGAGACCCUCAUUACUUCACCUUCGACGGGAGGUACUUUAACUUCAUGGGCAAGUGCACCUAUGUCUUGGCCCAACCCUGCGGCAACUCGACAGAGCCCUUCUUCAGGGUGACGGUGAAGAACGAGGAGCGAGGACAGGAGGGCGCGUCUUGCCUGAGCAAGGUCUCCGUGACCCUGUCGGAAACCACCAUCACCCUGCUCAAGGGCCGACACACGCUGGUUGGGGGUCAGCGAGUCACCCUCCCAGCCAUACCUUCUGAAGGCGUCUUCUUGACUCCAAGCGGGCGGUUUGUGCAGCUGCAGACGGCGUUCGGCCUGCGGGUGAGAUGGGACGGUGACCAGCAGCUGUAUGUGCGUGUGCCCAGCACCUUCUCCAGCAAACUCUGCGGUUUCUGUGGCAACUAUGAUGGCGACAGUAGCAACGACAACCAGAAGCCGGAUGGCAGGCCAGCACAAGAUGAGAAGGAGCUGGGUAACAGCUGGCAGACCUCGGAGGAUGAGGACCAGGCGUGCCAGGAGAAUCAAGCGUCUCUCCCAUCUUGCAAUACUGACCUGAAGAACACACUGUCGGGGCCGGAGUACUGCGGACGGCUCGCGGUCGAUUACGGAGCCUUUCAGGCCUGCCUGCCUCACCUCAAGGUCUCUUCCUUCUACGACAACUGCAUGCUUGACAUGUGCAACUUCCAGGGGCUGCAGCAGAUACUGUGUGCCCACAUGUCGGCCUUGACUGAGACCUGCCAGGAGGCCGGCUAUGCGGUGAAGCCCUGGAGGGGACCCCAGUUCUGCCCGCUGGCCUGCCCACCCAACAGCAGAUACACCCUGUGUGCCAAGCUGUGCCCUGAUACCUGCCAUUCCACGUUCUCGGGCAUGGCCUGCCAGAACCGCUGCGUGGAGGGCUGUGAGUGCAACCAGGGCUUCGUCCUCAGCGGGCUCCAGUGCGUCCCCCAGUCUGAGUGUGGCUGCCUCGACCCCACGGCCGGCUACUUCAAGAUAGGGGAGCGGUGGUUCAAGCCAGGCUGCAGACGGCUCUGCAUCUGUGAGGGCACCAACAGAACUCGCUGCGUGCCAUGGCAGUGCCAGGCCCAGGAGACGUGUGGUCGGCAGGAUGGCACCUAUGGUUGCCACCCUCAAGGGUCGGCCACCUGCACUGUCUGGGGGGACCCCCACUACCUGACAUUCGAUGGAGCCCUGCAUCACUUCAUGGGCACCUGCACCUACAUCCUCACCCGGCCUUGCUUGUUGAAGUCCCUGGAGAAUUACUUCUUUGUGAGUGCCACCAACGAGUUCCGCGGUGGAAACUUGGAGGCCUCCUACGUCAAAGCCGUCCAAGUGCAGGCCUUCGGCAUCAGAGUCUGGAUGCUCAAAGGCCGCAAGGUUAUGCUGGACGGUCGCCAGGUGGCUCUGCCCCUGUGGUUUGCACACAGCCGGAUGACCGUGAGGUCCAGUGGCUCCUUUAUCCUCCUCUACACGGACUUCGGGCUUCAAGUUCGCUACGACGGGUACCACCUGGUGGAAGUGACCGCUCCCUCCUCCUAUGCUGGGCGGCUCUGUGGGAUGUGUGGGAACUACAACAACAACAGCCUGGACGAUAAUCUGCAGCCUGAUAAGAGACCUGCUGUCAACUCCGUGCGCCUGGGGGCCUCCUGGAAGCUAAAUGAGUUAUCUGAAUCUGGCUGCUUUGCUGCAGACGCCAGGCCCCCCAGGUGCCUGGAAAAGAAUGCAACUGACCCCUGGAGUAAGAACUGUGAUAUCUUAGUGAAUCCUCAGGGACCCUUCUCCAAGUGCCACAGGGUGGUGGCCCCGGAGGCCAGCUUCACCAGUUGUGUGUACGGCCAGUGUGGGACCAUGGGUGACGCCUUCACGCUGUGCCGCUCUCUGCAGGCCUACGCGGCCCUGUGCGCCCGCGCCGGCCAGGUCCUCGCCUGGCGGAACAGCACCUUCUGCCCUCUGAAGUGCCCGUCAGGCAGCACAUACAGCCCCUGCGCUGACCCCUGCCCGGCCACCUGUCUCAGCCUGAGCACCCAAUCGUACUGCCCUUCCUCGCUGCCCUGCGCCGAGGGCUGCGAGUGUCAGAGAGGCCACAUCCUGAGCGGGACCACCUGUGUGCCCCUCGGCGAGUGUGGCUGCACCAGCCCCGGGAGCGCCUACCACCCGGUCGGGGAGAGAUGGUACACGGACAACACGUGUUCCCGGCUCUGCACCUGCUCCAUCCACAACAACAUCUCCUGCCUCCAAACCGCCUGCAAGCCUGGCCAGAUGUGCUGGCCCCGCGAUGGGCUGAUGCGGUGCCGGGGGGCAGGGAUGGGAGUGUGCCGAAUCCAGGACAGGUCCCAGUACAUAAGCUUUGAUGGCAGUUACCAUGCUGUCAGGGGCGCCUGCACUUACGUCUUGGCGAAAACAUGCCACUCCACCAUGGACCUGCCUUUCUUCAAGAUCAGUGGCAAGAAUGGGAAGCAGCAAGACCAACCCCACACUUUCUACCUCCGCACGGUCUAUGUGCACGUCUUUAAUUCCCUGGUCACCCUGAAGAAGGACCACGCACUGAUCAAUGGCACAUGGGUCCCCCUGCCCGCGACCUCCCAGAUCCGGGGGGUCAAAGUCAUUUCCAGGGACGGCUACAUGGUGCUCACCAUCAGCAUUGGGGUGGAAGUCAAGUUUGAUGGCAAUGGUUUCCUAGAGAUCGAAAUCCCCAAAGCCUAUUAUGGAAAGACCUGUGGCAUGUGUGGGAACUUCAACGGUGAGGAAGAGGAUGAACUGCUGAUGCCUAAUGACGAGCUAGCCCCGGAUGACGUCACAUAUGUGGACAGUUGGCAAGAUAAGGAGAUCGACCCAAAUUGCCGAGAUGAUGACAAGAUCAAAGAAGAAUCGGAGGAGGAGCCAGAAACAGCCUGCCAGCCAGCUGACCUAGAGAGAGCCCAGGAGCAAUGCCGGGCAGUCUUUCAGACUCCGGGCUGGGCAAGGUGUGCCAGCCGCGUGAUCCUCAGUCCCUUCUUGGUCAAAUGCACCGACAGCCUCUGUGAGUUUGGAGGCCUGAGCAGCGCCCUCUGCCAGUCUCUGCAAGCCUUCUCGGCAGCCUGCCAAGCCCGGGGCAUCAGGCCUCCCAUCUGGAGAAACAGCAGCUUCUGCCCUCUGGACUGCCCCACCCACUACGUCUACACCAACUGCUUUCCCCACUGCCCCCCGACCUGUGACAACCCGGAAGGCCGGUGCAAGGGCGCCAGCGGUCCCUCCAUCUGCCAGGAGGGCUGCGUCUGUGAGCCCGGCUACGUGCAAAAGCAGCGGCGGUGUGUGCCCAGGAGUCAGUGUGGCUGCCGGGACGCCCGGGGCAGAGACCUCCCCGAGGGUAACGCCUGGUUCUCCAGCAGCUGCUCCCAGAGGUGUACCUGCAGGGCGGGAGCCAUUCAGUGCCGGCCCUUCGCCUGCCCCGCGGGCUCCCAGUGCAAGACGGAUGAGGACGGCAAAGAAAUCUGCAAACCCCACAAGUCGGAGCGAUGCACAGUUUAUGGGGACCCCACUUACCGCACGUUUGAUGGCCUCGGCUACCGUUUCCAGGGCCGCAUGACCUACUAUCUGGUCAAGACCGUGGACGUGCUCCCCAAUGGGGUGGAGCCCUUCAUCGUGGAGGGACGCAACAAGAUGUAUGCGUCUCACACCCCUGUUUUCCUGCACGAAAUCAUCGUGAUGGUCUACGGCUACACGGUCCAGCUCCAGCACGAACUGGAGCUUGUCGUCAACGGUCAGAAGGUGACCGCCCCCUAUGAGCCCGUCGACCAGCUGCGGGUCUCCCUACGAAGUGAUCGCCUGUUCGUGAUCACAGACUUUGAACUGGUGGUCAGCUUCAACGGAAAGAACAACGCAGUGAUCUCCCUGCCUGUCACUUACCGGAAGCUCGUGCUCGGCCUGUGCGGCAACUGCGACCAGAACAAGAGGAAUGACUUUAUGCUGCCCAAUGGGGCUGUCACCCAGAACCUCCUUGCUUUUGGCAACAGUUGGGAGGUAAAGAUGACCGAGGGAAGCUUCCCCCGCGUCUCAAGGGCUGUACAUGAGGAGGAGGUGAAGGAAGAAGCGGCGCUAGGCUUUCGUGGUAUGUCGGGAUGCCACCCGGAGGAGCUGCAGCUCAUCAACCGCACCCAGGCGUGUGGGGUGCUGGUGGACCCCGAGGGGCCCUUUGCUGCCUGUCACCAGACUGUGGCCCCCGAGCCCUUCCUGGAGCACUGUGUGUCUGACCUGUGUGCCGCCCGCGACCCCAAGGAGCAGGAGGAGCUGCGUUGCCAGGUCCUCAGCGGGUACGCCAUCAUCUGCCAGGAGGCGGGCGCCACCCCGGCCAGCUGGCGGGACCACACCCACUGCGCCUUGUCAUGUCCAGCCAACACGGUCUACCAGAGCUGUAUGACCCCCUGCCCGGCCUCCUGUGCCACGCUGGCAGCCCCCCGGGGCUGCACGGGCCCCUGUGUGGAGGGCUGCGCCAGCCUCCCGGGCUACGUCUACAGCGGAGCCCAGAGCCUCCCCUGGCCCACUGCGGCUGCACGGACAACGGCAUCUACUACCAGGUCUGGAAUCGGGAGGCCCCGGGGGAGUGCAGGCGCGAAAGGACAGACCGCCCUGGAGGCCAGGCAGACCCCCCGCUUCCCGGGCCUUCUCCGUCUCCAGCAGGGUGACGGCUUCGUGAACGACGACUGCUCCCAGCGCUGCACCUGUGCGCGCACAGGGCUCCUGCUAUGUGAGCCCCUCGGCUGCAGCCCUGGGGAGGUCUGCACCGUGGGGAACCUCACUCGUGGCUGCUUCCGAGACAGCCCGUGCCUACAGAACCCCUGUCAAAAUGACGGGCGGUGCCGGGAGCAGGGAACCCACUUCACCUGUGAGUGCGAACCUGGUUAUGGGGGAGACCGCUGCACGGAGCCGCGGGAUGUACCUCCCCCCGAAGAGCCAGGCAAGAGCUUCACCCCAGACCUGUAUCCUCACAAGCUCCUCACCUUCCCCACCAACAAUGGCCGCAGAAUAAAAACAUCCAACUUUGCCUCCAUCCUGUUGCCAUUGCUGGUGCCCAUGGUGGUUAUAGUGCCCGCCGCAGUGACCAGAGAAUGCAUUUCCAGGAAGAAAAGGAGGAGGGAGAAAAUGCAGAGCCAGACCAGAGACAAGCCUCCGGGUACGGGGCCCGCUGCCCUUCAAGGUGAGGGGGGGCACCUGGGGGCCCUAACUGGAGAUCGAAGGGAGGCUGUGGAGAUCCUGCCCAACUAG